AUGGAUCAAUUCAAGCAAAUCAGUGAUGAUUCUGAUUCUGACGGAGAUGACAAUUACGAUGAUUACGAUGAUUUACAUGAUGAUGAUGAUGCAGACUUUAGGAGCUUCCACGAAAACUUCAAGCAAAGGAGCGAGGCGUCAUCAACUUCUACGACGCAACGCGCGCCGAGACAAAGAGAAGGCCGCGAGCGACUCUUUUCUUCUUCCGAAACGAGCAGAAACCCUCUUAAUGCACAAAAAAGUAGUAACAGUAGUAAUAGAAGAAGAAGAGGUGAAGAUACAUACCAAGACCAAGAAGCGGCACCCGAACGCGCACCAGUGUCAAAAGGCAUGUCUCGCUUUUUCGUCACCUGCCAUCCGGGUUUGGAGGAAGUUGUCGCCAAAGAGCUUUCAUCGAAAGAGAUUCGAGCGCAGCACGUUGAAAUAGGCGCAUCUGGUGUCUCCUUUGUCGGUACUUUAGAAACUGCAUACAACGCGAACAUUUGGCUUCGUUCGGGAACGAGAGUGUUGUGCGAACUCGCGUCUGGGGAUUUAGAUCCGCUCGAAUCAGGUUUCGAUUCCGUGUAUGAUUUUGUUAAACAUUGCGUUCCGUGGCAAGAAGUUUUAAUCAACGCAGAAUUAACGUUUUCGAUCGAAGCGAGAGUAUGGUCAAAUUCUCAAAUUUCGAGCACGAAACUCGCGUGCACGAGAGCAAAAGAUGCCAUUUGCGAUUACAUUUCAGACGCGUGCGGUGGUGUUCGCCCGAGAGAUCCGCGCGACUUUCGCGGCAACAAAGUGAAAGCAGACGUUCCGUUGUUUAUGACUUUGUAUAAAGAUCGGGCGACGCUUUAUCGCGACACGAGCGGUGAUUCUUUACACAGAAGAGGAUACAGAUCAAAUUUAUCUGUUCAUCGAGCCGCGUUGAACGAAGCCGCGGCAGCUGGAUUACUUCACAUCGCCGGAUGGCCGGAAGCGCUCGACGAAUGGAGAAGCCAGCGAGAAGAAGAUGACGAUAUAUCGCCUCCUGUAUUUAUAGACCCAAUGUGCGGUUCAGGUACGAUGGUUGUUGAAGCCGCUUUGAUGGCUAUGAAUGUUGCACCUGGGCUAGUUCGGUACAAAAAUGGUGGAUACGCGUUCCAAAAUUGGCCAGAUUUCAACGAGGACGUCUUUCUCGAUUGCAUCGAUAACGCCGAAAAAAAGAGAAUCGCAGAGGAAGAAUUCCAUCAGUUUUCCGACCAAAAGAAUAAAGUGACGUGCUUAGGCAACGACAUCCAUCCUGGUUCAGUAUCGUUGGCGCAGCGCUCAGCUCUAGCCGCCGGUGUACCGCACGUCGUGAAAGUGUACCAAUCUUCCGUUGACGAGUGGGUAGUUCCGCCUUCGUUAUUAGAAUCGAAAAGAAGAAGCAUUUGUACGAACCCACCGUGGGGGAAGAGAAUUUCACUCGAUAGUAGAAUGAGCGACGUGAAUCGUAACCGCAGCGGAUCAUCAAAUAGAGAUUCUUCUUACGGAGGCGAGAACGGCUAUAACAACGAAGACCAAGACAAUGACGAAGAAAGAUGGGGUGGUGGCGAUGGCGGUGGUGAUGACUACAACGAAAUUUUGCCGGGAGAUGUGAACUCGACCGAAGCCGGAGACGCUUGGAGAAAGUUGGGAAUCUUUUUAAAAAGAGAAAUGCCAAACCAGUCCGCGUUCGUUUUAUCUGGAGACCCUUCUAUAUCGAGAGAAAUUUAUAUGCGCGCGAGUCGUAAGCACGUCUUGGGGAUUGGCGGCGUCGACACGCGAUUAUUACGAUACGACAUUCUUCCGCCAAAACCAAAGAAAGCAGAUUUUUAA